AUGGGUCGGCUGGGUGUGUUCCCUGUCGAGCACGUAAGCUACGUAAGCUGGAGGCCAGGACCAGGCUGUCGCCAUCACACGUUCUUCAGCGAUGUGGGCGUUCAGGACACCGGCAAGAUGCUCGGAGGCCCACCCCGCAGAGAUCCUACGGAUCAACGGGUGUUCAACGACGAGCCAUCGGAGUCCAUGGAGAAGCUGCAGAAGCUGGAGACCGAGAAAACAAAAAAGAUGGAGCAAACAGAGGCUGCUCUUAAGGACGAGCUCAAGAAGGAGAAGCGAAGAGUUGAGGAGUACGAGCAGGAAGAGAAAAAACUGCAAAAGGAUAUACAGUCGCUGAAGCAAGAUGCAAAGGCUUUGAAACAAGAAGGCAGGGCCACCACCAAGGAGGACAGAAUUGUGGACCAGUCGCCCGUGGUAGAUGAAGACGAAAAGGUGCAAAGCGAGAACGAUUCGAAGCCUGCGGAGCACGCGGAGCCAACAGAUCAAGAGAGCUCGGGAGGUCAUGAGUACUUGGCUCAGAGUCGCAUCAUUGCACCACCCUAUCUUGAGCCAGCACGCCCUGAAGACGAGAUUCCUGUGGCUGUGGCCACCACGCAAGAGCAGUGGCGCCGGCAACGAAUUGCGAAGGACCAGGUGCAGGUGGCACAGGAUCAGAUGCAGUUAGCCAAGGACAGCCGUGUGUUGGCCGAGGGCCAAAACAAGCUGACCAAUCUACGGACCCCGGGGGUGCAGAAGGAGGAACUCCUUGCGGAGCAGGUUCGUGAUCAGAAACGGAUCGCCCUGGAUCAAGAGCUGCUUGUUCAGAGCCAGAAGCGACUGGCGGAAGAUAUGGACAGCGCCAUCGACGGCAAGCUCCGGUGGGAUCGGCUUGAGGACUACCGGAAGAAGCGAAUUGAGAAGUUCCAGGACAUGGUGAAUGACAAGUUGGACCGCCUCUACAAGUCAGAGAUCGACUUUGUGAAGCGAGGCCGCAAGGGGAAGCUUCGCGGGACUCCGCUGGAAAUCCCGGACUAUGGUCCAAUUGGCCUCCGAGUCGUUUCCGGGACCAAGGCCGAGCUGGCCACAGGGGGAAGCGAUGGUAGCGAGGUCUUUCAGGAGAGCAAAUCUCCUGAAGAGGCAGCAGAGGAGGAGGCCAUCGAGCAUGAGACGUCGGACCAGAAUCAGAAUGUGUUACAAGAUCAGCCUGUUGUGCACAGUGGCAUGGCCUGUGCUGGGCCCUUGUGCUGGUUCCGUUGGUUUCUGUCUCAGAACGCUCAGAAACCAAAGCAGGUAAGCAUGUACCCGAUGUAUUCUGCAUAUUUGGACUUCUUCCCCUGCGCAAACUAA